UAAUUUAAGAAGUAAUAAGUAAUAAUCAGAAAAUUAAGAAAGGAAGAAACUGAGACAAGGGGUUGGAGUGAAGCCCAAGCCAUCAAUAGCUAUACUAAAAUCCAGUGUGUUGCUCUUUCCUGCAUUCCUCUUUGCGAUUCAACUCUCUCUUCUUUCAGAGAUUCUCAUAGCUUUUUACCCGGAGAGCUUGAGUUUCUGACCUGAUGUCGAUCUUUGAGUAUAAUGGAAGUGCUGUAGUCGCGAUGGUGGGGAAGAAUUGCUUUUCCAUUGCCAGUGAUCGUAGGCUUGGUGUUCAGCUGCAGACUAUUGCCACAGAUUUCCAGAAAAUUUAUAGGAUUCAUGAUAAGCUAUUUCUCGGCCUUUCGGGCCUUGGUACCGAUGCUCAGACACUGUAUCAACGGCUUGUUUAUCAGCACAAACUGUACCAACUUCGAGAAGAGAGGGACAUGAAGCCUGAGACAUUUGCUAGCCUGGUCUCCGCUCGUCUUUAUGAGAAAAGGUUUGGUCCAUAUUUCUGCCAGCCUGUAAUUGCUGGAUUGAGUGAUGAAGACAAACCCUUCAUUUGCACGAUGGAUUCCAUUGGUGCCAAAGAGCUUGCUAAGGAUUUUGUUGUUUCUGGUACUGCAUCGGAGUCCCUGUAUGGUGCUUGUGAGGCAAUGUUCAAACCUGACAUGGAACCAGAGGAAUUAUUUGAGACCAUCUCUCAAGCGCUGCUGUCUUCUGUGGAUAGGGACUGUUUGAGUGGAUGGGGAGGGCAUGUCUAUGUUGUUACGCCUACUGAAGUAAAAGAACGAAUCUUGAAGGGACGCAUGGAUUGAUCUUUCCUCCGAUGUUUGAAAGAUGACUUGUUUCAUGAUUGCUUCAAAUUAGGCUUCAGCCCAGGGCAAUGGAGUUCACGAGUGAAAUGCAAAAAGACUUUCAUGCUGGGCUGAAACUUGUAAUGUGCUCAAUAUAAUUUGACAUGGAAUUGGCUUUAUCUGGAACUGUCAACAUGAGACAAUGUUUAUGAAACGAAAUAUGCCUUUUGGUUCCAAAAUUGAUUAAUUUAGAUUCCAAAA